AUGCCCAUAAAUGUGCACACUUACACCCUCCCUCCUACACCUCUCAUCCCCAACUUCCCCUACCCCCUCCUCCACUACCCAGGCCUCCUCAAAGAAACAAUCACAUCCCUGACCUUCACACAAAUCCAACUCCUCGACCUAUACGCCGCAAACGGGUUCGGCGUUACCGACGCGCCGGACUGGGCGCCAGGCAAGUACGCAGCGGGCGAGAGGGGCGCCGCAGGGGAAAAGGGAGGGAUAGAGAUCCAGGCGCGGUUAGGCGAUGUUUUUGUUGUGCCGGCAGGUGUGGCGCAUAAGACGUUUUUGCCUGUGCCGCGGUCGGGGGAGUUGGCGUUUUAUCAGCCGAGAGAUAUUGCGGAGGGGAGGGCGGGCGAGGGGGGUGAGGAGGUGGAGAGGGAGAGGAGGCGGUUUUUUGAGGGCGGUAGGGUGCAGGGUGAGUUUAUGAUGAUGGGGGCGUAUCCGGUGGGGAAGGUGUGGGAUUUUAGGGCUGGUGGGGAGGAUCAGAGGGAGGAGGUUUGGAGGGUGCGUGUUCCUGACAGGGAUCCGGUGCUGGGAGAUAGUGAGGAGGGGCUGGUGGGGUUGUGGAGGGAGGGAGUGUGA